AUGAACAUUAUACAAAUCACCAUCUUCAUCCUCAUCAUCAUAAUCAUCAUCCCAAUCACCACCAUUAUCCUCACCAUCAUAAUUCCCAUCACCCUCAUGGUCAUCAACUUCAUCCCAAUCAACAUCAUCAUCAUCUUCAUCAUCAUAAUCCUCAUCACCCUCAUGGUCAUCAACAUCAUCCCAAUCACCAUCAUUAUCCUCAUCAUCAUAAUCCUCAUCAAGCUCAUGCAUCCUCACCAUCAUAAUUCCCAUCACCCUCAUGGUCAUCAACAUCAUCCCAAUCAACAUCAUCAUCCUCAUCAUCAUCAUCAUCAUAAUCCUCAUCACCCUCAUGGUCAUCAACAUCAUCCUUUCUACUAUACAUUGGAAAUACCUGAGAUGGACUUCGCACAGUUUCAGAUAUCCAUUGACAAGAUGUUGAGGAAACUGAUGGACUAUCUGCAAAGGUUGAAUUUACCUGACAUGAAGUUGACACUGGUGGAGCUGGAGAAGCUUCAGAUGGCAAUCAAAGAGAUGUUCCUGAAACUGCCGAAGGAUCUGGGAAGUUUGAAUUUACCUGAGAUAAAGUUGACACUAGUGGAGCUGGAAAAGCUUCAGAUGUCCAUUGGCGUGAUGUUUAAGAAACUGAGAAAGGAUCUUGGAAGUUUCAACUUACCUAAAAUGAACUUGAAACAGGUGGAGCUGGAAAAGCUUCAGAUGUCCAUCAAUGAGAUGUUCAAGAAGCUGACUAUGAAUCUGGGAAGUUUGAGGUUACAUGAGAUGAACUCAACAGAAACUGGAGUAAGAAAAGGUCACCACCCUCAUUAUCCUCCUCCUCAUCAUAAUCCACAUCAUCCUCAUGAUCAUAAACAUCAUCCUAGUCACCAUAAUCAUCCUCAUCCUCAUCAUCAUAAUCGUCAUCAUACUCAUGGUCAUCAACCUCAUCCGAAUCAUCAUAAUCAUCCUCAUCAUCAUAAUCCUCAUCACCCUCAUGGUCAUCAACUUCAUCCCACUCAGCAUCAUCCUUCUCAUCAUAACCCUCAUCAACUUCAUGAUCAUAAACAUCAUCCUAGGCACCAUAGUCAUCCCUAUCAUUAUAAUCCUCACCAUCCUCAUGGUCGUCAACCUCAUCCCAAUCACCAUAAUCCUCAUCAUCAUAAUCCUCAUCACUCUCAUGGUCAUCAACAUUAUCCUCACUACUAUGGAUUGGAAAUACCUGAGAUGGACUUUACACAGUUUCAGAUAUCCAUUGACAAGCUGUUGAGGACUCUGACAGAUGAUCUGCAAAGGUUGAAUUUACCUGAGAUAAAGUUGACACUGGAGGAGCUGGAGAAGCUUCAGAUGGCAAUAAAAGAGAUGUUCCAGAAACUGCCGAAGGAUCUGGGAAGUUUGAGUUUACCUGAGAUAAAGCUGACACUAGUGGAGCUGGAAAAGCUUCAGAUAUCCACUGACGUGAUGUUUAAGAAACUGAGAAAGGAUCUUGGAAGUUUCAACUUACCUGAAGUAAACCUGAAAGAGGUCGAGCUGGAAAAGCUUCAGAUAUCCAUCAACAAGAUGUUCAAGAAACUGACAAUGAAUCUGGGAAGUUUAAGAUUACAUGAGAUGAACUCAACAGAAACUGGAAUAGGAAAAGGACACCACCAUCCUCGUCCUCAUCAUCAUCAUCAUCAUCCUCAUCAUCCUCAUGGUCAUCAACAUCAUCCUCAUGACUAUACACUGGAAAUACCUGAGAUGGACUUUACACAGUUUCAGAUAUCCAUUGACAAGAUGUUGAGGAAACUGACGAAUGAUCUGCAAAGUUUGAAUUUACCUGAGACGAAACUGAUAAAGGUGGAGCUGAAAAAGCUUCAGAUGUCCCUCAACGGGAUGUUUAAGAAGCUUACAUUGGCUAUGGGAAGGGUGAAAUUUUCCACAAUGAACUUGACACAGACAGAGCUGGAAAAGCUUCAAAUGUCCAUUGACAUGACAUUCAUGAAACUGAUGAAGGUUCUGCAAAGUUUGGAUUCACAUGGAUUCAAGAUUGACAUGAUAGUGGUGGAAGUGGAAAAGAUUCAGAUGUCCAUUGAUGAGAUGUUCAUGGAACUGAUGAAUGCUCUGAGAAGGUUGAAUUUACCUGAGAUGGACUCAACAGAAGCUGAAGAAGGAAGAGGCAGUCAGCAGGAUUUGAUUUUACAUCACCGUCCUCAUCAUCCUCAUCCUCAUCCUCAUCCUCACCUCCAUCCUACUCAUCCUCACCCUCAUCCCCAUUAUCCACAUCAUCCACAUAACUCGGCUGAGGUAUCUGAGCAUGAGAAGAUUACAGAAAUCCCAGUUGAUUGGAGAAGGGAGCGUCUGGUAAGUUCGGAUGUACCUGUGAUGCGUGUGACAAAUGUGGAUUUUGGAAAGUUUCAGAUGUCCAUUGACGAGGUGUUGAAGAAACUGACUAAGGAUCUGGGAAGGUUAAAGUUACCUGGGAUAAACUUGAUAAAGGUGGACCUGAAAAAGCUUCAGAGGUUCAUUGACAAGAUGUUUCAGAAGCUGCCAAAGAAUCUGAGCAGUUUGAAUUUACAUAAGAUGAAGUUGAUACAGGGGAGAAUGGAAAAGGUAAUGUACACUGUUUGA